UCCGCUGGACCUGGUUAACUUUCCAUCUAUAUCCUGCCCCCGUUGGCCCAUCGAGUGUGAGGUCAUCAGCGACAUCAUCCAUCACAUAGAGUGGGACCCCCCAGAGCCAGAGCCUUUCUAUCAGCACACGGGACACGAGAGGACACCCAUGCCGUUAGGAGAGAAGAGGGCGAAAGUGGUAUACUGCAUUGACCAUGCCACUAAGCGUCCCUAUUUCACCUGCUCCCGUGUUAGAGGAAGCAAGGGGCCCAUUAAGAGCGCCACUUCUUAUGAAAACCAGACCGACUUCCCCCUUGAGUUUGAGUCCCGCUUUGAGAGUGGGAACCUUCAGAAGGCAGUUCAAGUGGGUGUCUAUGACUAUGAGCUGACCCUGCGCACAGACAUGUACACCAGAAAGCACACGCAGUGGUUUUAUUUCAGGGUCAGGAACAUGAAGGCUGGAGUGACCUACCGCUUCACCAUCAUCAACUUGAUGAAGAGCAACAGCCUGUACUCUCACGGUAUGAGACCACUCCUCUACUCUGAGAGGGCCAACGAGAAAGGUGUUGGAUGGCAACGCGCCGGCUCCAAUAUCAGACACUACCGCAACUGCAAUCAGGACAACGACAGCGACACAAUCGCCUUGUACUCACUAACGUGGACGCUCCAGUUUCCUCAUGACUCAGACACCUGCUACCUGGCCCACUGCUACCCCUACACCUAUUCCCACCUGCAGUGCUACCUCAGGCGCAUUUCUUCCAACUCAGCCGUUGCGUCCUACUGUACACUGCGGGUGCUGUGCCACAGCCUUGCUGGGAACGCCGUGUACGUGGUGACGAUAACGUCCCGGGGGGACGGCGGGGUGGCGGGGAGGACCAAAAAGGCUGUGGUGGUGACGGCCCGAGUGCACCCUGGAGAAACCAACGGAUCCUGGAUGAUGGAGGGGUUCCUGGACUUCCUGCUCGGGGACUCAGAAGACGCUCAGCUACUGAGGGACACUUUUGUCUUCAAGGUGGUGCCGAUGCUGAACCCAGAUGGCGUCAUAGUAGGUAAUUACCGCUGCUCUCUGGCAGGCAGGGAUCUCAACAGGAAUUACAAGACAUCGCUCAAGGAUUCCUUCCCCUGUGUGUGGCACACCCGAAACAUGGUGGAAAGGCUGAUGGCAGAGACGGAUGUAUUUCUUUACUGUGACUUUCAUGGCCACAACCGUAAAAACAACGUCUUCAUGUACGGUUGUAACAAUCGAGGCGAUGCGUCGCUGAAGCUUCACGAGAGAGUCUUUCCACUAAUGAUGAGCAAGAAUGCCAGUAACAAGUUCUCCUUUAAGAGUUGUAAGUUUCGGGUGCAGAGGAGCAAAGAGGGAACAGGACGAAUCGCCAUGUGGAGACUUGGCAUCAAGAACAGCUACACGAUGGAGGCCACCUUUGGAGGCUCCACUCUGGGUGACAGAAGAGGAACACAUUUUACUACUCGAGAUCUGAAGUCCCUUGGUUUUUACUUCUGUGACACCCUGCUGGACUACUGUGACCCAGAUCCAACAAAGACCAUCUACUGUCUGACAGAGCUGGCUGCUGUGUUGACAAAGAAGGUCAGAGAGAGGCUGGGCAAAGAUUUAGGCACCGACUGCAGCUUCUCUUUGUCUGACCUAGAAACCAGCACCAGUGGUUCAAAUAGUUCAGAUUCUGACGGACUCCCAGCUCAUUUACUGAACCAGCCACAAACUGGUCCUCCAGAGUUCACCUCACUCUCUCCACCAAAGAAAAGUCCUGUGAAGAAGAAAAAGAAGCGCUUGAGGAGUCGUAAACAGAGGAACAGGCUGCGACCAGAGAGAGUGAAGAGCAACACAAAGCCAAAGGUCCUGCCAAGUGGCACAAAAGAUAUUGAGUCCGAGCUGCCCAGUGAGGACGCAGUUAAAGAGAUCGUCCAAGACAUCGUCCAAGAGAGGCCUGUUGGAAGACACAGGAAGAAAUGGCUGGUAAAUGGCCAGAUCAGAAAAGCUGUGAUCCCUCCUCUCACCUCUCACCCUGGGGAGAUCUGUCAGCAUGACGGAAAAAUGGAAGCUGCAUACAGGGCAUGUCCACAUGUCAACACAUCAGGUGACUGUGGGAUGUAUACAGGACAGUGGAGAUGCUCCUCCCAGCUGCUGCCCAUCAGUGCUCUCCUUCCACCUUUAUCCAGUUUUAUACAUUCCAACCGGCAACUUCAUCGCAGCACCCAACAAUCCUUCGCCACCUAUAGAAUCCACAGAGGGCCAACAUCCCUUACAGUGCCACACAGGUCUCCCUCAUCCAUGUGUGUCACGAUGGUUCCAGACAUUGCUCCAAAGCGCUUUCUGUCAAGUUUCUCUACUAACAAGUUCAACGCUCCUAUUUAUGGAGACAGAAACGCUUUGCGGGUCUCAGAAUGUUUUUUUGUGCCUGAGGAUUCCUCCACCUCACACGCCGACAUGACCAAGACCAAGCGGCAGAAUGAGGAACAUGAAAAAGAAGCAGGUUUGUCACUGUUGAGAUGUAUACCACUUGGAGAGCAGCACCAGAGAGAUCUCCCUCCUGACGUCCCCCAGAGAGAAGCUGCAUCACGCAGGAAUGUGUGUGUGCCGGCUCUGAGGGCCACAGACCUGAGAGGGAAACGACUAUGCAAAGAGACUUUUAAGGACAAAAGCCACCCGGGUGUUUUAUCCCCAGUGUCGAUGCCCUCAGGUCUCAUGAAGAUGGAACUUCCACAGAGGGACCCCCUUGGGAGGCUUCAGGCUAAGGACACCAGGCACUAUUACUCUGGAAGAGAAAGACAAAUAGGUACAGCAGUGGUCACACGAUCAUCACAGUCUGCCCCAAUGUAGGGCACAAUAUUCAGAACCUGGGAACUACAGGUUGAGAUCAUUCUAUCUAUUCUCUGGCCAUAUGGACGUCCUCGGAUGGAUCAGGAGGUCUGAGUUUUGCUAGAACUUCAACAGGUACAUUAAACAACAGAUAUGCAGCGACCAAAUGACUGUUUAUUAUCUCAAUCACACAGAU